UUCAAACUAGAGACAAAUGUUAUAACUAUAAGGAAUGUGGGAAAAUCUUCCCUCCAUAUUCAAACUUUUCUGAGCAUCAGAAAGUCCAUGCUCUUGAGAAGGCUUAUAAAAUGUAAACAAUGUGGGCAAACAUUUACUCACAAGUCAAGACUUAUUCAACACCAGAGAAUUCAUUCUAGAAAGAAGUGCUAUAAAGGUAAUGACUGUGGGAAAGCCUUUAAUCAGACCUUAACCCAUGCUUCACAUCAGAUGAUUCAUAGUGAAGAGAAACCAUAUAAAUGUAGUGAAUGUGGGAGAUCCUGUCUCAAAAACUCAAUUCUUAUCAGGCACCAGAGAAUUCAUACUGGAGAGAAGCCUUAUAAAUGUCAGGAGUGUGGGAAAGCCUUUACUGAGGUGUCAACACUUAGUGUACAUCAGAGGAUUCAUACUGGAGAGAAGCCUUUUAAGUGUAAUGAUUGUGGGAAAGCCUUCAAUAGAAAUUCAACCCUUGUUAGGCAUCAGAAAAUUCAUACUGGAGAGAAGCCCUAUAAAUGUGACAAGUGUGAAAAAGCCUUCACUGGGAGCUCAAGCCUUAUUUUACAUCAGAUGGUUCAUACUGGAGAGAAGCCUUAUACAUGUAAUCAAUGUGGGGAAGCCUACACUAAAAACUCAAACCUUGUUAGGCACAUGAGAAUUCAUACUGGAGAGAAGCCUUAUAAAUGUGAGGAGUGUGGGAAAGCUUUCAGUGUGAUGUCAAAACUUACAACACAUCAGAAGAUUCAUAGUGAAGAGAAACCUUAUAUAUGUAAUAAAUGUGGGAAAGCCUUCACUCGAAAUUCAAACCUUUUGGAUCACCAGAAAAUUCAUUCUGGAGAAAAGCCUUAUAAAUGUGCUGAAUGUGGGAAAGCCUUCAGUCAGUGCUCAGUGCUUUGUAAGCAUAUGUUGAUUCAUACUGGAGAGAAGCCUUAUAAAUGUAAUGAAUGUGGGAAAGCCUAUACUCGAAACUCAUCCCUUUUCAUUCACCAGAGGAUUCAUACUGGGGAGAAGCCUUAUAAAUGUAAUGAAUGUGGGAAAGCAUUCACUCAAUACUCAACCCUUUCCAAACAUGAGAGAAUUCAUACUGGAGAGAAGCCUUAUAAUUGUAAUGAAUGUGGGAAAUCCUUCACUGAAAAGUCAACCCUUUUCACUCACCAGAGGAUUCAUACUGGAGAGAAGCCUUUCACAUGUAAUGAAUGUGGGAAAACAUUCAUUCAGAGAUCAGACCUUGUUAAGCACCAAAGGAUUCAUACUGGAGAGAAGCCUUAUAAAUGUGAGGAGUGUGGGAAAUCCUUCACUGAAAAGUCAACCCUUCUCACUCACCAGAGGAUUCAUACUGGAGAGAAGCCUUUCACAUGUAAUGAAUGCGGGAAAACAUUCAUUCAGAGAUCAGACCUUGUUAAACACCAGAGGAUUCAUACUGGAGAGAAGCCUCAUAAAUGUGAGGAGUGUGGGAAAGCCUUCACUGAAAUGUCAAAACUUAAAAUGCACCAGAAGAUUCAUAGUGGAGAGAAACCUUAUAAAUGUAAUAAAUGUGGGAAAGCCUUCACUGAGAGCUCGCACCUUUUGAAACACCAGAGGAUUCAUACUGGAGAGAAGCCUUAUAACUGUAAUGAGUGUGGGAAAGCCUUCAGUCAGAGCUCAAUCCUUAUUAGGCAUAUGAUGACUCAUACUGGAGAGAAGCCUUACAAAUGUAGUGAAUGUGGGAAAUCCUUCACUCAAAAGUCAAGCCUUUUCAUCCACCAGAAAAUUAACCCUGGAGAAAAGCCUUAUAAAUGUGCUGAAUGUGGGAAAGCCUUCAGUCAGUGCUCAGUGCUCUGUAAGCAUAUCUUGAUUCAUACUGGAGAGAAGCCUUAUAAAUGUAAUGAAUGUGGGAAAGCAUUCACUCAAUGCUCAAACCUUUUCAUUCACCAGAGGAUUCAUACUGGAGAGAAGCCUUAUAAAUGUAUUGAAUGUGGGAAAGCUUAUACUCGCAGCUCAACCCUUUUCAAACAUGAGAGAGUUCAUACUGGAGAGAAGCCUUAUAACUGUAAUGAGUGUGGGAAAGCCUUCAGUCAGAGCUCAAUGCUUUUUACACAUAUGAUGACUCAUAAUGGAGAGAAGCCUUACAAAUGUAGUCAAUGUAGGAAAGCCUUCACUCAAAAGUCAAGCCUUGUCAUUCACCAGAAAAUUCAUACUAGAGAGAAUCCUUAUAAGUGUAAGGAAUGUGGGAAAGCCUUCCGUCACUUUACCCUACUUAUUCAACAUCAGAAGGUUCAUGCUGGAAAGAAACGUUAUAAAUGUGAGGAAUGUGGGAAAGCCUUCUUUGAGAUUUCAAAACUUCAUAUACAUCAGAAGAUUCAUACUGGAGAGAAGCCUUAUAAGUGUAAAGAGUGUGGGAAAGCCUUCACUCAAAAUGCUACCCUUUUCAAACACCAGAGAAUUCAUACUGGAGAGAAACCAUAUAAAUGUAAUGAGUGUGGGAAAGCCUUCACUCAAAAAUCAACCCUCUCCAACCACCAGAGGAUUCAUACUGGAGAGAAGCCUUAUAAAUGUGAUGAGUGUGGGAUAGCCUUCAGUCAGAGGUCAACCCGGAUUAAACACCAGAGGAUUCAUACUGGAGAGAAACCUUAUAAAUGUAAUACAUGUGGGAAAGCCUUUGUGGAGAGAUCAAACCUUAUUCAACAUCAGAAGAUUCAUACUGGAGAGAAGCCUUAUAAAUGUAAUACUUGUGGGAAAGCCUUUAAUCAAAACUCAACUCUUUUCAACCACCAGAGAAUUCAUACUGGAGAGAAGCGGUAUAAAUGUGAGCAAUGUGGGAAAGCCUUUAGUCAGAGCUCAACCCUUAUUUCCCAUCAGAUGAUUCAUACUGGAGAAAAGCCUUAUACAUGUAGUGAAUGUGGGAAAGCCUUUCGUAAAAACUCAACACUAAAUGAGCACCAGAAAAUUCAUACUGAAGAGAAACCUUCUAAAAAUGAGAAAUGUGAGAAAGUCUGCAGUCAGAGCUCAACCCUUCUUUCACAUAAAAAAUCUCAUAAUAGAAAGAAGCCUUAUAAAUGUAGUCACUGUGGGAAGGCCUUUCCUAAAAACUCAAUACUUGUUAAACACCAGAGAAUUCAUACUGGAGAGAAGCCUUAUGAAUGUAAUAAAUGUGAGAAAGCCUUCACUCAGAGCUCCACCCUUAUUAAACACCAGAGAGUUCACACUGAAGAGAAGCCUUACCAAUGUAAUGAAUGUGGGAAGGCUUUCAAUCAAAAAUCCAACAUGAUACGCCAUCAGAGGACACACACUGGAGAGAAGCCUUACAAAUGCCGUGAAUGUGGGAAAGCCUUUAUGAGAAAGGUCCUCCUGAUCUUACACAAAAGGAAACAUAAUGGAGAGAAUGUGGAAAAGUAAAGGGUGUGGAAAAGCAUCUACUGAAUAGUUAAACCUUAUUGUACGUCUGGAGAUUCACCCUGGAUAGAGACCUUAUUAGUAUAAUGAAAACCUCCAUUCUGAGCUCAGCCUUUAAGGACAUUAUGUAAUUCAUACUGGAGAGAAGAAAGCCUAAAAAAUAUGGGGAUGCCUUCUUUUGCUUUUAAAUAGGAAAGGAUUCUUCUUGGAAAAUACCCACCCCCUUUAAAUGUAAUGAAUUUGGGAAAGUAUCCUAUGGCUGAUAUAUCAGAAAUGGAAGAAUGCAAAAUCAUUUGUUGCUUACAGUGGCCAAUUACUGGAUUAAGUCUUGGUAUAUAAAUAGUAAGAAAAGAUAGUCCAAUUAGAGCUGCCUCAAAGUGUUAUGGGGGAGGAGAUGUAACUGUGGGUAUUAGGACAAGUUUGGCGGUCACCUGCUAGGGAUGCUAGGCAUGGAUGGAAGGCAUUCUUGUCAGAAAUUGUUUGGAAUAAAUGUCUCUGAGGUAUCUCCUAUCUAGCUGUGAAAGCUCUUUCAACGUCCCCUAACUUUUCCUAGAAAUAGCAUCUCAUCUUUUUAAUACC